CUGCCAGGGUGAUGACGAAGUGAAAAUGGCGGAUCUUUCGAAAUCCUAUCCCGGCCCUUGACAUUCCAGAAGCGGCAGCUCACCAGCCCGAAGAGGCUCUGCCCGCUGGCUGCCAGAGGCCCUCCAGCUGGCUCUGCCCCCCAGCCGGUCAGACCCCGCCCGCCCACCCGGGAGCUGGCACCGACCAGCCUGGAAGGACUCGCGGCUGCCUCCCGGAGAGGCUGCAGCACAUGGUGCUGCACGAUGAUGUUUUUGGAGGUGCCCUGAUGUGAAGCAACAGGAAUUUAAAAGAAAUUCAGUGGCUUCUGUUGAAUCUACUACCAUCAACGCCUGCAAAAUGGAGGUUGUGUCAGCAGAAGUGAAUAGCUUGCUCCCCGAAGAGAUCAUGGACACAGGUAUAACAUUGGAGGAAGAUGAAAACAUCGAAGCUGUAAUUGUGGGUGACCAUAUUCCUAUGGAAACAGAACUGGAGGGAAUAACAAAUGUGAGCUCCGCUGAUGAUCAUGCUACUACUGGCACACCAUCGGUCACUACGGAAUCUGUCACAUUGCCCAGCAAUUGUGUUAGCCCCAUUACCGGCAAUUCUGCCAUUGUAAAAUCUGAUGCCAGUGUGACUGCACAACCUUCUUUUCAAAGCGGCCUCCAAAAACUAGGCACCCAGACUCCCGUCUCUCUACCAGCCAAUCAAAUUAUUCUUAACAAAGCAACGGACUUGAAAAUUGGUAAACAGGCCAUAAAGCAGGAAGGUCAAAAACUCAUAGUAACAACUCUGGGCAAGCCCGGACAACCCAUUGUCUUAGCGCUACCCCACAACCAGCUGUCACAGUCUCAGAAGACCACAUCGCAAUUACAAGCAAGCGACUCCAAAGUUCCAGCCCAGCAGUUCAAGGUGGUCACAAUUGGCGGAAGGUCAGAGGUGAAACCCGUCAUUGGUGUCUCUACCUUGGCUCCAGGGUGCCAGCUGGUAAAUACGGCAAACCAGUCAUCCGUACUGCAGUCCCAGCAAUUAAAAGCAGUGCAGAUUGCUAAGAAAACCAGGACACCAACUUCAGCUCCCGUGAUAGCGAAACUCAUCAUCACCAAACCAAUCAAUAGCAAAGCAGUUUCAGGACAGACAACUCAAGUAUCACCAGUCAUUGCAGGUAGAGUUCUUACACAGACUGCUCCGGGGACACCCCCCAAAACUGUAACGAUAUCUGAAAGUGGAGUUAUUGGGACAACUUUAAGUUCUACAAUACAGGAGGCACCAAAUAAGAUAGCAAUCUCCCCUUUGAAAUCCCCAAAUAAGCAGCUAACGAUGGUGUCGGUCGCCUCGCAGCCUCCAAGCUCCCCACAGAAAACAGUCAGUGUUCCUCUAAACGUAGCCCUGGGACAGCAGAUUCUCGCAGUGCAGCAUUCAACGCCCUCUUCCCCGGGAAAAGCUGUAGCUAACAAUACAACUGCUCAGGCUGUGAAAUCUGCAGUACAGACCCUCACUGUCGGGGGAGUGGGUACUUCUCAAUUUAAGACGAUCAUUCCCUUGACAACGGCACCCAAUGUUCAACAGAUUCAGGUACCUGGAAGCAAAUUCCAUUAUGUCCGGCUUGUAACUGCCACAACUGCCAGUAGUACAGCACAACCAGCUAAUCAGAAUCCCAGCACCAGCACUGCAACCCUGCAGCAAGCCAAACCAGUGGUGGUGAAUGCAACCCCCGUACGGAUGUCUGUUCCAAUUAUCCCAGCAACGCAGACGGUCAAACAAGUGGCUCCCAAACCAAUGAACACAACUUCGCAGAUAGUUACCACAAGCCAGCCACAACAGAGACUCAUUAUGCCUGCCACACCACUGCCACAAAUCCAACCCAACCUCACCAACCUUCCCCCUGGCACUGUCCUGGCCCCUGCCCAUGGCACAGGAAACGUGGGAUAUGCAUUUCUCCCAGCUCAGUAUGUUACACAGCUGCAGCAGCCAUCUUGUGUCUCCAUAGCGAGCAAUACUAGUCUUAGUGGGACAUCAAGUAUCCAGACCCAAGCCCGGCUUCCAUUCAAUGGAAUAAUCUCGUCUGAAUCUGCAAACCGUCCAAGAAAGCCCUGCAAUUGUACAAAGUCACUCUGUCUUAAGCUAUACUGUGAUUGCUUUGCAAAUGGGGAGUUCUGUAACAAUUGCAACUGUACAAAUUGCUAUAACAACCUGGACCAUGAAAACGAUAGGCAAAAAGCAAUCAAGGCUUGCCUGGACAGAAAUCCUGAAGCCUUUAAACCUAAAAUAGGGAAGGGAAAGGAAGGCGAGUCGGACAGGCGACACAGCAAAGGUUGUAACUGCAAAAGGUCUGGAUGCCUCAAAAAUUAUUGCGAGUGCUAUGAGGCAAAGAUCAUGUGCUCUUCAAUUUGCAAAUGUAUUGGCUGCAAGAAUUUUGAAGAAAGUCCAGAACGGAAAACGUUGAUGCACUUGGCUGAUGCUGCUGAAGUGCGAGUCCAGCAGCAGACAGCCGCCAAGACAAAAUUGUCUUCGCAGAUUUCAGAUCUUUUAACCAGGCCAGCCCCAGUGCUGACAAGCGGAGGGGGAAGGUUACCCUUCACGUUUGUAACAAAAGAGGUUGCUGAUGCGACAUGUGACUGUUUACUUGCACAGGCUGAACAGGCCGAGAAAGCAGGAAAAUCAAAAGCAGUAGCGGAACGGAUGAUUCUAGAGGAGUUUGGACGUUGUCUAAUGAGAAUCAUUAACUCGGCAGGAAAGUCCAAGAGUGAUCCUUGUGCCAUGAACUGCUGAUUCUUUAAAAAAUGGGCUUUUGCUCAGACUGGGACACUAAAAGGCACACGGACACUUUCCUGGUUCACAGCAGCAUUCUUCGUUGGUUCUCUGGUGCUGUGAGGUUUCCACAGGUGUAUUGUUAAUAUAGGAACUUUGCCAUGAGGCUUUUAACUUAACUUUCUUUUGCUUCACAGAUACAAGACGCGUUUUCUUCUCAACCUUUAAACAACAUGGGACAGCAAGUGCAAAGUUUAGAGGGUUUCCUUCCCUUCGUUCUCUUUAAAGGGGUAGUCUAGAAGCAAUUCUUUAAAUUAUUAUUUGCAAUUGUUAUGCUUGACUUUUGUAUUUAGAAGAAGAAAGAAAGAAACUAGUCAGUCUAUCAGGAGCAAAUUAGUUUUUGUGCAAAACUAAUUGAAAUGCCUGGAUAUUCUUACAAGAACAAUAUCCGUAUACUGGAUAGAUUUUUUCCAGCUCAUUCAAUCAGCAUCACAGCAGAGAUUAUAUUUGCAAAAAUAUAGGCAGUGGUACAUCUGUGGGUGAGUUAAUGCUGACGGGAAAUUAUUAAAAAAUAUUUGCUGAAAAACAGCUUUAAAAAUGCACAUUUAAAAGUUAUCUUGUUGGCCACAAUCUAAUUUCAGUGACAGUGCCUUGUCUGUUGAUCUUAAAGUAUUAACACCAUAGCAGUGGUAGCUGCAGAUAUAUAACAUUGAUAGAAAGAAAAUCAAGGUGAUAAUUGAUAUCUUAAAUCAUUUUGGUACAUUUUUAAAAAUACAUCACUGCACAAUAUAUAUUCCAAAUUUUAAUAAGACAUUUUCAUGUCUGGCUUUCAAGGGGAUUGACAUUUUAUGUGACAAACGUCAGUGUAAUUAGAUUUUUAACAUUUCUGCUAUAUGCCCUACAACAAAAAGAGGACAAACCCGGUUCUUGUUCCUUUAGAAUCUAACUAUUGGUCAAUUAUUGAGUUUCUCAGUUGCUCCUUCAAAUACUCCAGUAGACUAAUAAAAAAAACUUAAUUAAUUUAAUCUUAAUUUAUAUUUGUAUUGUCCACAUUUUAUUCAUACUCAACGGCUGGAAUAGGUGGAAAUAAAUUGACGAUCAUGCCUAUAUUUGUUAGUGGAAGCAAUACUGGGGAUGUUUCUAAACUAAGGAACACUUGGCAAUAUUUCUCCUUUAAUUAUAAAGGGGUGACCAAGAUAAUACUUAGACUUCCCCAAAUCUGGGUUACUUCCCAAAGUCUGGAUUUCAAUUCACAAAAUUCCCCAUCCCUGAGGAUUCCAGAAACCCAUUAUGUCUGGAAGUGCUAAAAUUAGAGGCUACCUUUAGUUGUGUAAAAUGACCCAAUGUUCUUACUAUACUGUCUAAGUUUCCAGAAGAAGCCAUUCUUUUGGGUCUCUGACGUUUCUCAAAUCUUUUUGCCUCAAUUCCAGAUUAUGCAUGGUGAAAUUGCUUUUGAAAAAAUAUUUUUAAAUGGAAAGGGAAGAAGUCAGUACGCUUCCUACUAUGGUCCUCAUCCAUUGUCAGUGAAUUUCUUGGACGUAGCUCAUUUAUUGCUCUUAUAAAAACUGCACAAGUUUUUUUUUAAUUGUGCAUGGCGCAACAUGGAGGGUGCAACUUUUGAAGGCUGAGGUGCCUUUUUUUAAGAGUUCAGUAGGAUGAACAAGUGGCUACUUUGCGAUAAUGAUAGGCUUUGUGCUCACUGAUGUCCGUGAGCUUUCAUGCAUCGACUUCAGUCUGUUGGGUUAUGAUUGAAGUGGAUAAGACAGUGGAAGUCUGUAGAGCCACAUCUGCUUGUGUAGCAAGUUAGAUCCAUCGUAUAAAAAUGCAUAUUUCAACUGGAGAGGGAGGGAAAGGUAUUGAGGUGGGGAAUCUUUUUCUUCAGCCAAGAGCAAGCAUUAGUCCCAGUAAGUAUUCAGCCGAGAUGUUUUUUUAGCAGUGUUCAAACCAGUUUCAAGCUAUGUUCAUUCUUUUUGUUACUGAAUUGGCUUAGUUUAUAUUUUAAAAGUAUAUAUUAGAAGCAUAAUCUUAAGACAAAAACCUAAAAGAUUUCCUUGGGAAAGAGAGGAAAGAGUGGAAUGACAUUAUUUGGAUGGAAUUGCUUAGGAGAGAGAACCUUUGUGAUAAAAACUAUUAAAAUGUGAAAGACAACUGCAUGGUUUUGUAGUGAAGAAAUUGUUUCAAUGAGUUUAUGAAUAUCUAAGUUUCAUGUUUGAAUUAGCAAGCACCUGCUAGAUAAUGUAGCCUGCUCUGUAAUUAUAGUGCUGCAUUUUUUUCUACUCCAAAUGGAUGUUUUCUCCAUAUAAUUGUGGAUGUGUAUAGAUAUACAUACACACACAAACACACGUUCUGUUGUAUUACAGUAUAUAUGUACAUAGCAAACUUGCUUAAAUUACACACAACCCUGAAAGGGAACCUGUUUAUUUCAAUAUAAUUCUUUUACAAAUAGAAUUAUUUUUGGGUGGGCAAGAGUUUGUUAAUUUUCUGAUUAGAUGAAGACUUGCCUUUUUACUAAUUUCAUAAAUGUCCAUACAACAAGAUUUGUACAAAUGUAAACUAGUGUAAGUUGGUAAGUAAAGCUUGAUCAAGUUAUUUUUCAAACAUGUAUUGCUUUGUCUAGAAUUACAUUUGUUUUAUGUUGUACAUAUUCCGUGUCUUAUUGUAACUUGCACCUUUUUUGUGAUGUGUAUUUAUAAGUGUGCAGAAAACCUUCUGUGAAGUUUGGAUUCUGGUUGUAGAUUAUGUAUAAUGGAAUUGUGUGUAAAAGAUUUGAAGAAGGUGCAAUCAAAGAAAACUAGUUUUUUGUCUCAUAAAAUAAGCUGUCUCUUUCACAUAGCUUGGAUUUUCUCCCCCUUUGAGUUUUUCUUGAUUGUUUGCAUGAAAGUGCUCACAGGUUAGUAAAAUAUAUCAAGAUCUUGAUAGCAGCUUAUCAAAAUUAUGCCUGCAUUGUGAUCCUCUGUCAGCUGAGAUUCUGCAGUGUUUCUUUCAAAGCCUCUAUAACAAUAAUUAGGAGCUGCUUAGCCAGAAUGCUUUUAUAUUGCAUCCCCUUAUUAGCAGAUUUUGAGAUGGGGGAGGGUAUUUGGGAAAAUUUUCUAGUUAUGGU